AGGAAUUAUUCCAUAUUUUUAGUAAUUUUUAGAGAUUUUUUUAUGUUUUUAAGAAAAUAAUUUCAUAGGAUAAUAAUUGGGAGGAUAAUAAUAAAGAAUAAUAAUGAUGAUAAUAAAAUAUUGAAAAUAUUUAUUAUUGACAUAAAAAAAUCAAUUAUAUAUUUUUAUUCAUAUUUGAUUAUUUAUAUCGCUAAAAUGUUAAACAUGUCUAACAAUAAUAAUAUAUCGACAUUGAUUUCUAUUAAUGAAGAAUUGGGUGACAAUUUUGAUAAUUUAAUUGAGAGAUGUCAAGCAUACAGAGGAACUCUGCUGAAAAGAAAGCAUGAUAUUACAGAAAAGGUAUUUAUACUGAAUUCAUUUUAUUUGAUUGAUUUUAAGUUAUGAAUUUGAAGGAUAAUUGAUUAGUUACUACUUAAAAUUGUUUCUUAGAUUAAAUCAAAAUUAAAUCAGGAAAACUCCGAUGGUAUGUAUAAUAUUUUAAGUAAAGUACGUGCUGAGCGACUGGAAAUUACUUCACUGAGAAAAGAAGUUGAUGAGAUUAAGCUAAAGCAUUCCAAAUUUAAACUGGAAAUUGAAAGUUUUAGGAGUAUAUUUAAAAGUUUAAUAGUAGAUUUAAAUUUCAAAUGUACUAAAUUGGUUUAUUUGGCAUGUCUUCAAAGUGUUAUAUCCAAGAGGUAUUAUUAUUUUAAUAGUUAUAUAAUGUAGAAUGAUUAUUAAUUUGAUUUAAUUUAAUAAUUUUUAGUAAUGAAUUAAAAAUAAAUUUAAAAAAUCGGCAUGAAAAUGAAGCAGUUACAUCUUAUAAGGUAUUGUGCAAACUCAGUUUUGUGAUGAAUGCAUCUCCAUGUAAACAUUUGGUUUCCUACAUAAAAAGAGUAGUUUACUUUUGGCAUUGUGUUCUUGAACGAUAUUAUUUAGAGUAAGUAUCAUUAAACUUUUAUCAUAAUAAGAUAUUUAAUGUUUUUGUUUUAUAGAGACUUUGAAAUUAUUUUGAAUCAAAUUAACUGGCCAUUUAUGGUGUCCAAUUCUUCUAAAGUAAAACUAGAUGAUUAUAAACAGAAUUUUCAACAUUUAGCUUCAAUGUUAAUACAGGUCCAACUACCGUAUCCUUUUAUAAGAAAUAAAUUUAUUAUAAUAAAAUAGAUAUCAUUUAUGGAAAACCUAGUAACUAUUGAUAUUAGUAAAAUAUCCAAAUAAUUUUUUUUAAGUUUUUUAUUGUAUUAUGUAAUGUUACUAGGUUUAGGUAUAAUAAUGGUUGGUUAUGUUUGGUUUGAGAUCCAUUAAAACUAAUUUUUACUGUAUGUCUAGUAAAUAUAAUUUAUCAUUUUGUUUUUUCUCAAAACUAGAUGUUAAAAAGGAAUUCAGCCGUAUAAUGGAUUUUUUGUGAAAAUUUCUGUUUAUAUUAUUAUAACAAUGCAUUCUUUUGAUAAAAGAAGGAACCACUUUUAAAUUUAUUUAAAAUUGGAUUGGAAUAUUUUUAGCUGAUAAUUUGCCAUCAUAUUUCUCUAGAAUGUUGUUUUUUUUUACUUGCUGUUUAUUCUAAAGUCAUCAGUAGAGCCUGGAUUUAAAUAGGCUAAAAACUAAUUCAAAAUUUUUAAAAAACUGUUCCAAAAAUGAAAAAUAAAAAUUGUCUUUAGUUAUUUGUUUGAGUAAGUCGAUGAACUACAGCCUUAACAAAUACUUAUUGAAAUUAUAAAUAUAAUGAGUGACAAAAUUGUUUGUAUAAUAGUAUUGUAAUAAUACUGUAUUGAAAACUAACUAAAAUCUAUUAAAACAAAUUUCAUGAUAACAAAAUUUCUCGGGUUGAUAUUUUGAGGAACCAAAAUUUAAACUAUUAUUUGGUAUAAUAUAUAAAUUAAAAUUGCUCUUAAAACUAACAAAAUUACUGUAAAAUGCUAAAAAUGAUAAAUGCAAUAAAAAAAAAAUCAUUAUCUUAAAUCACCAUCAAAAAAAAAAAAAUGCAUUUUUUUUAUUUAAAUCUGGGCCUUAUGCAUAAGUCUUUACAUUAAAUGCUUUGGUUUCUUGAUAUUUUAUUCUUGAUAGUCUCUUUUCUUCCUUUCAUUUAUUAAAUAUUGAACUUUUCUUUUUUAAUAUGUUAGGUUUUUUGGUGAAUUAUUCUUUUAUAUAUUUUUAAAUUUAUGUUGUUAAUGAUCUUCAUAUACCAGUUGUAAUUGCCAUUAGGUGAUAAUUGAUCUAAAUAAAUAAAUUUAAAAUGUCCUUAACUCAUAGGAACUAUUAGUGAAAAUGAUUGUUUUGAUUUGAAUAAAUCAUCAACAUCUGAAUUAAUGGAUCAUUUUUCACAUAUUAGUUUACCAAUUGCUAUGUUAAUAGUACCUUUCCGAAAACGAUUUUUUUACCACUUUACUGGCAAAAAACAGACCAAUAAGCUGGAUAAACCAGAAUGGUUUUUAUCUAGAGUAUUGAAUUGGAUUAAAGAAUACAGAAAUUUUGUGGUUGACUGGAUGGGUCCAGUUUACAAAGAAAAUAACCUAAGGCCAAUUGAUUCACAAGUAUUUUCAUGCAUUUUAAUCAUAUAUUUGUUUUUAAAUUUAAUUUUUACUAUUCUUUGUUUUUACAGCAUGAAUUUAUUAUUGGCUUAAUGCAAUCAGUUGUAGUAAAACUCGAAUCUGAUUUAUCAUUUUUUCAACUGGAAGAUUCAAUAUUUUCUCAUAUUAUUGAUGAAACAUUAGCAUUUGAACAAGAAUUACAUAAAGUGUAUGGCUAUCCAAGUGAUUAUCCUAGUGUAACAGAAGUUUUAACUCAGGCACCAAUAUUUUUUAAGUGGAUUAACAUGGAACGAAAAUGUAAUAAAUAAUAAUAAUUAUUUGCAUUAAAUAUAUUUUAAUAUUUUAAUUUAAUUUAAGAUGCUAUUAACAAACUAAAUGCAAUUUUAAGCAAUGAAGAAAACCAAUGGGAUAUUUUAGUAAAAGAUCAUCAGUAUAUUGUAACAUUAGGAGCUGAUAGUUUUUUAACAUUAUUAAACACAAUGUCUGAUCGUUAUAAUUUAUUACGCCAACCUAGACACAAGUAAGAAUAUAGAUAUUUCUUUUUAGUAUUAACAAAUUUCUUUGUUAAAUAAAUUAUAUAUUUUUAAUAUUUUUCAAAUCUUUAACCUUUGCAAAAAAACAAAAUUUAUUUUUGAUGUAUUAAUGAUUAUUUUUAUUGUGUUUGAAGAUUACAGUUUUUAAAAUUGCAAAUUGAUCUUUUAGAAGAAUUCAAACAAAAAAUUGUCCAAUUAUUUACUGAGAAUAAAGAAUCAAGUGAAUAUUUACAAGAAAUGUUAUGUACAAUGCAUUAUGUGAGAUACACUCUUUUGAAUUGGGGAACCAAUAUGGUACAUAUAUUAUUAUAAUAAUAAUAAGAAUAACUUCUUCCUCUCACUACUUGAGGUGGUACUUUGUAGUCUUCUACCUUCAUGGUAUCUAACUUAUUAGUACUUAUUUUUUUUUUUUAAUAAUUAUUUAAAAACAAUUGUUUGUGAAAUUGUUGACAAACUAAUAUUAAAACAAAUUAAUUAUCACAUACAAGUUUAAGACUUUGAUAACAACAUUAAUUAAUUUAAAUUAAUUAUCAAACUACUUACCUACUUAACUAUCUACUUAGUCAGAACUACUUAAUAAAAAAAAAAAAACAUUUAAUAAUUUUAAAUUUAACUAUGAAUUUGAAUAAUUAAUUUUUUUUUUUUUUUAAAAAAAGAGUCAAUUUAUGCAUGUAUUUUAAAUGUUACUUUCUAAUCAUUAUAUUGAUAAUGAAGCCACAAUAUGUACAUGGUUUUUAUACAAAAGUGAUUAAAAACAAUGUUAAAUUUCGUUUCAGCAUUUUUUAUCUUUGUUAAAUUAUAAAUGUGAAUUACAAAAUGAAUAUAAGAGUCCAACAGAAUUAUUAGAAACAACAGAAACAGUAUUUGAUGAUACUAUUAAAUCAUACGACUUAGAAAUAAAUAUUUUAUUGAAUUAUUUGUGUGAUGAUAUUAUGAAUAAAAUAAAAAGACACGGAAAACAGUACAAAAAGGAUAAGUUAGUAUAAUAUUGAAUUUUAUAUAUUUAGGAUACAAAAAGUUGUCUCUUUAUUUAUCACCUUAGUGUCUAAUAGUUUCAAUACAAUUAUAGAUUAAAAACUAAACUAAUUUUUGUUUUGUCAUAUAAAUAUUUUUACUAAUAAAAUUAAAAUUUCAUUUUUAGUUGGCACAUAAUGAGUGAGUUAACAGACACAAAUAGAUACAUUAUUACAGACAGUGGUUGGUUAAUGUAUGAAACAUUUACAGAAAGUUUGAAUACAUUAAACAGAAAUCUCCCUAUUUCUUUAUUUAAUAAACUUUGGCCAGUAAUAACUGAUAAGUUUGCAACGGUUAGUGGAAUUCAUAUUUACAAAUACAUAUUUUUUUAGAUUUUAUGUAAGAUAGUAUAAGUUAUAAUCUAGUUAUUUUAUUAAAUUUUUCAGUAUAUUUAUAAUGAUAUUCUUCUGGCAAACAUAUUUAAUAAUGGUGGAGCUCAACAUUUAUACUUGGAUAUAAAAUAUAAAAUUAUUCCAAUUAUUUCAAAAUAUACAGUUAAUCCAAAUAUUUAUAUUCAGCGGUAACAAUAAUUUAAAUUUAAUAUAUUAAAAUAAAAAUAAAAUCAUUACAAUUUUUAGAUUACUGGAAGCUUGUAAAAUUUUAUGUUUUGAUCCCAAUUUUAAACCAGUUGUAUUAAAGCGGAAUGAAGUAUCAGAGAUAUUACUUCGUCGAAUUGAAAAUGGAAAUUCACUUGAAUUCUCUUAAUAGAAAAAUAAACUGUAUUGCAUGUAAUUAUAAAUUAAAAUAUAAUAUUAUUCUAACACUGAAAUAUCAAAUUAUAUUAAUUUAUUAUACCGUUAAUCUACUAUAAUUUAUUUAGUUAUUGUAAUUUAAAUUAAAUGGACUAAGCCCAAUAUAUGUU